CAACGCUAAGAAAUUCUCAACGUCAUCACACGUACCGGUGAUAGCACCAACUAUAUCAUCGAUGUAUCGCCGGUACAUUAACGGCAUGCGCACACAAAUUAGAACAAUAUUAUGCAUAUUCAGUAGGUGUGGGACUAUUAUAUAAGCUCACAAGCGAUGUGUAGAAUCUUACCCUAUUAAACCCCGCUUUUGUUCUCACGAUGGCGCGACCUUUGGUGUCUUUCGUAUGUGUGCUAUGUGCGUGCUCAGUCAUUUCGUUGGUCUUGGUCUCUUACAAUAAAUAUCCAUCCAACGUCCUCGCUAACCAAGAAGUUUGGUUACCGAAGCCUCGGAUCGGUUACACUGAGGCGGGAGACAGAACUGAUCUUAUCGCCACUGAGGGCCAUACUCUUACGCUAACCAUCCGCAUGUCAGCCGUGCCCAAGCUUAUAACGCGUCUCUACUGCGAUCUCCUCCGAUCUGCUGUCCUGUUCUGGUCGUCGAAGCUGGGCCACAUCAGUGUAAUACUGGACAAGGAAUCGGAGGCGGACCAUCGGUUCGCAGCGACGCUGAGCCGGCACGAGCGCGAACUUGGAGUCAAGUUUGACUUUAUGUACGAGCCUCUACCCAAGAAACCUGCCAUUUUGAAAAUGGGAAGAGGUGGAGGAUACGGUCGUCGACUCUGGAGCAGCUUCUUCAUGGAUCUGUACAUCAACUCGUCCAUUAUUGCUUGGAUUGACACAGAUGCGAUGUUCACGACUCCUGUCACCCCUGAAAACAUCUUCAACGGCCACCGACUCCGAGUGGUAACCUUUACUGACUGGAGCAGAAUGCAUCGUAACGGUUGUUAUGAAGCCACAAAACUUGCACUCGGCAAGGACAUGGUGGCGGAUUUCAUGACACAUUUCCCCGCCUAUAUUUGGAGAGAUACCAUAACAAAUUGCAGAAAUCACAUGCUGAAGCACAUGAAGGUGACCCGCUUGGACGACGCCUUUCCCAAACUGGUCAAUCUCGUUAGCCCAGUGAACGUGAUUUUAAAUUACGCUUACUACUUUGAGAAUGAUCGUUAUGACUGGCAUUUAGAUGUCAACAAAGAUCAGGAAGCCUACAACUUGAAACAACUUCCUCGCGGUUUGAACAUCAAACCCAAUGAGACUAUACCAGAGGUGCGUGUCACCGUACACGAGAAAUACUACCAAAAACCGAAGGAGCCCAACCCUUUACUGCAGGGCUACUGUGUUGCAAAACGUUUCGUGGGCCCACUGCCCGCUAAUUGCCAAACAUUUGAAAAUGUCACCAACUUUCAGCUGUUUGAGUUUAGCUGGUUCCCAGGCAUCAUUCAGAGCCACAUCUGUACAUGGUGUGGAUCAGACGAAGGUCGCCGAGACUGUGUCCGGCGUCUGGAAGCCCACUACAAGAACGUGAAGACGUACUACAACCUGGGAUGGUUUGAUUUGAAUUUGAGACGGGUGCGCGCCGUGGAGAAAGUGGCUGCACAGGAGAAUGCCAUGUGUCCCAAAAUAUUCGAUUUUGAUUAAAGUGAAAGAGUCAGUGGUUUUAAUUCCGCAAGAACCUUUUAACAGUAUCUAUAGUUAUCGCUAAACAGGUUCACUUGUAAUUAAAUGUACGUCAAUGAAGGUGACCUUUUUAAGGGGAGAUUCUAUGCUUGCUCUUUCUUGUGCACCUGCGCUGCACCUGCGCUGUUUUCAUAAUUAAGUAUGAAACACUUUUUUUCAGGUUUCCAUAUUGUUAAUUACCAAACUCUCUCAAGUGCAUAUAGAUGCAUUAGGUGACAUUUUGGAAACGAAAUCAGUGAUGCACGCAAAUCUAUAGAAAAGCAUGCAAAAUAUAAAUAGAAAGUCUAUCAUCCCUGGAUUAAAAAUAAAGAAAGAAACUGGUCACAACGUAUGCAAGUUGUCACUUUUCGCAGUCUUUUACUUCGUAGGACACUUACUUAAGUAAAGCAGUGGCGUAAAUUUGAGCCGGAAA